GAGAGAGACAGAGAGAGAGAGAGAGGGAGAGAGAGAGAGAGACAGAGAGAGAGAGAGAGAGCGAGAGAGUGAGAGAGAGGAGACCCUGUCAGGGGAUGGCUCCACCACAGAACGGACAUUUAGCACCACCACUACUACCAGCACCUUGAGGAGCAUAGGAGAACUAAGGCUAUUAAGUACUCAGACACUGGAAUACUGGAGUACCCAGACACUGGACCACUGAGCCACAGGACCACCCAGACACUGGACCACUGAGCCACUGGAGUACUCAGACACUGGACCACUGGAGUACUCAGACACUGGACCACUGGAGUACCCAGACACUGGACCACUGGAGUACCCAGACACUGGAACACUGAGCCACUGGACCACUGGAGUACCCAGACACUGGACCACUGAGCCACUGGAGUACUCAGACACUGGACCACUGGAGUACUCAGACACUGGACCACUGGAGUACCCAGACACUGGAACACUGGAGUACCCAGACACUGGACCUACUGCAGGGAAGGGAGGGAAAAUACUGGACUGUUGGAAUCAACAUGAGCAUGCGUCCAUGAUGAGUGUUCCUCAGCCUGACCCGGAUGAGAUGCCCCCCUCCACCGUCACCCCUGUCACCACCCCCACCCUGAGCCCGACCCCACCAAUCACAGACGGGCUGGAGUGUAAGAUCUGUUACCAGCGUUACAAUGUCCACAACCGCAGGCCCAAGAUCCUGGACUGCCUCCACCGGGUGUGUGCCCGCUGCCUCAACAAGAUCCUGGACACGGGGGACGUCUUGGGCUGCAUUUCCUGCCCCUUCUGCCGACACGAAACAGAGGUCAGCGAAUACGAGGUGUCGGGCCUCCCCGACGACUCCAACGUCAUAUCCUGCCUGGCUGUCAGGGAUAAGUCCUGGAGCUCCGACCAAGAGGUGACCCUCACCCCCGAGAGCCUGUCCUCCACCUCCCCCUCGCUUCACUCCUCCAACUGCCUGGUGAUCACUAUCAUGGAGGUUCAGAGGGACACGGGGCACGGGGGCCUGGGCAGCUCAGACCACUUCACAGAGCACAGCCUGGACUCUAUCUCUGUGGGCUCCAACGGGCAGGAGGUUCAGGAAGCCCUGUCAAAGAUGUGUUCGCACGUCCCCCGGAUCCUGGUGUGGCUCCUGGGGUUGUUCUACUUCGGGUCCCUGCCCCUGGGCAUCUACCUGCUGGUGAUCCAGAGGGUGACGCUGGGCAUAGUCUGUGUGAGCCUGGUACCGUCCAGUCUGACUGUGUGUCUGGUCUAUGGGUUCUGCCAGUGUCUCUGCCAGGGCAUGUGUGACUGCUCGUCUAGGGGCUGACUGACUGACUCAACAAGGUACUGACUGAUGCUGGGGUUGGAGGGAGGUAAAAUACUGGACUGUUGGAAUCAACAUGGCGUCCUUUACUGUCCGAAUCUAACGACCAGCCGGGUUGGAGGGAGGGAAAAUACUGGACUGUUGGAAUCAACAUGGUGUCCUUUACUGUCCCAAUCUAACGACCAGCCGGGUUGGAGGGAGGGAAAAUACUGGACUGUUGGAGUCAACAUGGCGUCCUUUACUGUCCCAAUCUAACGACCAGCCGGGUUGGAGGGAGGGAAAAUACUGGACUGUUGGAAUCAACAUGGUGAGUCAACAUGGUGUCCUUUACUGUCCCAAUCUAACGUCCAGCCGGGUUGGAGGGAGGGAAAAUACUGGACUGUUGGAGUCAACAUGGUGAAUCAACAUGGUGUCCUUUACUGUCCCAAUCUAACGUCCAGCCGGGUUGGAGGGAGGGAAAAUACUGGACUGUUGGAGUCAACAUGGUGAAUCAACAUGGUGUCCUUUACUGUCCCAAUCUAACGACCAGCUGGGUUGGAGGGAGGGAAAAUACUGGACUGUUGGAAUCAACAGAACCUUCCAGGCAAACUGUCAAUAUGUCUCAGAACCUUACAGUCAAACUGUCAAUAUGUCUCAGAACCUUCAACUGUCAAUAUGUCUCAGAACCUUCCAGUCAAACUGUCAAUAUGUCUCAGAACCUUCGAGUCAAACUGUCAAUAUGUCUCAGAACCUUCCAGUGAAACUGUCAAUAUGUCUCAGAACCUUCCAGUCAAACUGUCAAUAUGUCUCAGAACCUUCCAGUCAAACUGUCAAUACGUCUCAGAACCUUCCAUUUCUAUAGGUUCGUUUUAUUUCCAUGUGCAACAACGGGGCCCUUUGGCAGUAAAGACAAGGGAGUUGCAGUUUCUAAUAGAUCAGAUAAUAAGAGCAUUACCAUUUAGCCCAUCUAGUCCAGAGAAUCUGGAGACAAACAGGACCAUAAAGAUGUCUCCAUGUUCCCUCAACUGGGCCUCAGUACCAUUUAGCCCAUCUAGUCCAGAGAAUCUGGAGACAAACAGGACCAUAAAGAUGUCUCCAUGGUCCCUCAACUGGGCCUCAUUACCAUUUAGCUCAUCUAGUCCAGAGAGUCUGGAGACAUAAAGAUGUCUCUCUGUCUGCCUGUUCCCUCAACUGAGCCUCAGAACCAGCUGGCUGAGUGUUGUCCUGAGGCUCUAUGGGGUUGGUUUGGGUUAGU